AUGUGGAAAACUGUUACAAUAAUUAUAGCAUUAUGCAUACAAAAAAUAUAUUCAAAUGUAAUUCCCGAGAUGGCAUGUUAUCGACUUGACCAUCAGCCACCAGACUUAACAUCAGAAAUUCAAACUUCUAUCACCCCAAAAACAUUUUUAAAUAUGGUUGAAGAGUUCACAAAAAUGGAGGAUAUUGUUCUGCUGAAAGCAGGAGAAAAAAUAAUUACCAAUCAGAGUCUUACCACUUUCGAAUACUCCAAAUUGGGAAUCUUUCGAAAAUCAACACUAUUCUACAUAGCAGUUGCAGUAUGUUACCUCUACUGGUUAAUCUACACAUUUUGCACUUUCAAGUUUUCCCGCUCUCAAUUUGAUUUGUUAAUAGCGCCAUAUCGAGGAUUCUAUCUGAAAAGUGUGUUGAUGCUAUUUUACUUUCUCUUUAUUGCGCUCACCAGUUAUUAUGCAUUCGACACGUUCAGUUGGAUACAACAUUAUGUAAAUGUGUAUGACGAUAGAUCAAAAAGGAUGGAAAAGUUUAUGAAUGAAUACACACGCACAGUUGAUUUGGUUAGCUCAAGACUCGCGUGUUAUAUUGAGGAAAUUGAUUCUGAAUUGGAUGAAGUUGAAGUUUUACACAACAAGAUAAAGAGAUAUCAUCUCCAGAAUGUGCCACCUCCUCAGUAUAUAUUGAACACUGUUAAACGGUUUUUUGAUCACUUUAAGCAAGAUUGCAAUGCAACUGUUGGAGUAUGUGGAUUUGGAACACACAAAGUGAAAAUAUCAAAUUGGAGCAUAGCUGAUUUCUUUUUGACAGAGUCAAAUAUACCUGAUCCUACGGUUUUCCGAUAUUGGAACGAUUUUCCAGUGGCACUUGACAAAAUAAAAACUAAUGUUUUGGUACAUGGCAGAUCGGAUGUUGCAUUGAUAAAACAAGCAGCACAAGAACGACUAAUUCUUCUGAAAGACGUAUAUGCAAGUAUAGAAAACCUGUUCACGUUGCCGAGUCCUUACAUUGUUUCAACAUCGUUUUAUAUUCUUCUUUGUCUAUUUGCUCCAUCGUGUUUCAUCUCGCUGCUUGCUCUUUUAGCCAUAUACCGAGGGCACGAUUAUUUGGAAAAAAACAAUGCAGCUGUCCCGCUCGGUUCGUUUCUGACAUUAUGUAAUCACAUCUUUCAACUCGCAGCAAUUUGGGCGCUCAUCUGGUCAUUUAUUGUGAUUCUGUUUAGUAGUGCUUCUCACAGUCUAUUCCUGAAUGUUCUACGAGACACGGAUUUAGAAGUUAUUGGGAAACUGAAUGUCACAGAUUCAAAUGGAACUUCUUUCUUCAAUUUACGGGAUUUUCUAAAGUCAACUGAUGAAACUGUUCUCGAGGAGCUUUUAGCAUUAAAUCCACAAGAAUUAUUGAAAAAUAAUGAUGAAACAUACGUGCGAGUGUUAAAUUCGAUAGAUGCGAUGAAAGAUCAACUUAAACUGACUGUGGAUUAUCAUACGCCAAUCAAAGAAUUAUGUGACAAUUUAGAGGUAUUAUUUUUGGAAAACACUAAAGGAUGGAUUGCUAAAAUAAACUGUGAAGAAAUCGAGAAAAUAGUUAAUCUGUGUGUGGUUGGAAAAGUAGAAUGCUUCUACUGUGGUUUUGAAAGGGAUCGAAUUCAGGCAUCCAUUGCGGCCAGUAAAAUUAGAGAGUUGAGUCUAACUGUCGCGAAUAGAACUGGCAAUGAUCUGGAAGAUUUUAAAUAUCUUCAUGAAAAAUAUCGUUUGCAAAUGUGGAAUUAUUUUGUGGCACCUAUCACUUUUCUUGAAGUUCCAUGCAUCAUUCUUCUUAUCUCGAUUUAUGUACUUAGCUUCAUGUUGAUGGCUUCAAUAUCUAUAGUGGAAACGAAAGACCCUGAUGAUUCGAGCUUGGAUAGAUAUCAAUAUUACCAGUUCCAUACGGCUGAUAGAGGAUUGUACUGGUUCAAUAUUUAAAUUUAAUUGUGUUUUGUUUUUGAGAAAAUUCUUGAAAUGAAAUGAAU